GAGAGAUCUGGUCCGAAGUACAACGGUUAAAAUUACAGGCUGGUAUUUAUGAAGUACAGUCAUCAUGGCCGACGCUGAUACAUGGACUUGUGACCAGGUUGCCGAUUGGUUGGAAAAGAAUAACUUCAGCCAAUACAAGACUUUGUUCAGAAUAAAACACAAGAUUGAUGGAAAGGUGUUACUAACACUUAGUGAGACAGAUCUGCGUCAGCCUCCUCUCCAGUUAGCAAUUUUAGGAGAUAUCAAGCGAUUAAUGUUAUGUAUUUAUGAUUUACAAUCAGAAUGCAAUUCUGCUUUCCCCAUUAACAGCCAGGAAAAUAUACAAUACAGGAAAAAUAAAGGUUUUAAUUCUUCAUUAAAGUCGAAGAGAAGAACGAAAAUCAGUCACUCUGAUAGUGAAGACUCUGGGUCUGGAGAUGAUAAUGAAUACUUACCUAGACAACGUUACCACUCGGAUAGAAGUCCUCGACCCUCUAAACAUCUAGACUCAGAAAUAUGGAAAACACUGCUGGGAUUCCUCUAUGCAUUUUCAGUAUUCUUGGUGACUUCUUUUGUAAUGGUUGUGGUACAUGAUAGAGUUCCUGACACUGAUAAGUACCCACCCCUUCCUGACAUAUUCCUAGAUAAUAUUCCCUAUACACCAUGGGCAUUUGAAGCCUGUGAGGUCAUUGCUGUCUGCCUAGGUACAAUAUGGAGUAUUGUGCUGGUGUUCCAUAAGCACAGAUUUAUUUUACUGAGGAGGGCUUUCUCUAUCAUCGGCACAGUUUAUCUCCUUCGCUGUAUCACCAUGCUGAUAACUUCUUUGUCUGUGCCUAGUCCCCAUCUUCAUUGUGAAGGAAAGAUGUAUGGCGACAUUUGGGCUAAGGCACAGCGUACCAUGGAGAUCUGGAUGGGGAUGGGCAUGUCUUUGUCAGGGGUGAGAACAUGUGGAGAUUACAUGUUCAGUGGACACACUGUUUGUAUUACUCUCCUCAAUUUCUUUAUCACUGAAUAUACUCCACGACAGGGAAAGUACAACUCGUAUUAUCUACACAUGCUUACAUGGGUGGCCAAUAUGUUUGGCAUUUUCUUCAUCCUGGCUGCCCAUGAACACUACUCCAUUGAUGUUUUCAUCGCCUUCUACAUCUCCUCCAGACUUUUUCUCUACUACCAUGUCCUUGCCAACAACCGUUCACUUAUGCUGCGUGACAAAAAGCGCAGGCGGAUAUGGUUUCCACUUUUUUCAUUCUUUGAAUCCAAGUGUGAUGGUAUUGUGCCUAAUGAAUUUGAAUGGCCGUUCCCAAGCUUGGAAACAAUUUUGCUAUUUUUCAGAAAGCCUUCAGUUAAAAAACAAUGACAUGUUUGUCUGUUGAAUUGUGCCUGUUACUAGUCACUGUAUCACUCAAAUUAUAAACAUGUAUCACUUUUAGGACAUGUUACAGGAGAAACAGGUUGCUAAUAGAGAUGGGUGUCUUGUUUGUGUAACUUUUAUUAAUUGAUUGGUUAAUUGAGAAAAAAAGUGCUCAGGAUAUAUUGUAUUGAUAUAUAUCAAAUAUAUAUAUAUAUAUAUAUUGAACAAGAAUGUUAAAAUUAAUAACUUGAGUUAAAUAAACAUGACACCCGUCACCACUAGUUCAGGAAUGGCAAUAUUUAAAAAAAAAAGUGAUUUGCAAAAUUUAUGCAUAAUGUGAUCAAUUUGAUGUAUGGAACAUAAUGGAUACUUUCAUUACAGUGUAUGUUGUAAAUAACAUUUCUUAACAUUGUAAUUGUGUAUCCUGGCUUAAAACAAAAUGCUUAUAACAUUACCUGCAGCUGUAUGGGAUAUCCUGACAGGAAGCAUGGGAUUGUGUACCGUGCCAAGCUCCUGUAUGUGGUAUAGUGGUGACCAGGACUGUUUACCGUGCCAAGCUCCUGUAUGUGGUAUAGUAGUGACCAGGACUAUUUACCGUGCCAAGCUCCUGUAUGUGGUAUAGUGGUGACCGGGACUGUUUACCGUGCCAAGCCCCUGUAUGUGGUAUAGUGGUGACCAGGACUGUUUACUGUGCCAAGUUCCUGUAUGUGGUAUAGUGCUGACCAAUAUUAGCCUCUAGAUUUGGGACUGUUUACCGUGCCAAGCCCCUGUAUGUGGUAUAGUGGUGACCGGGACUGUUUACCGUGCCAAGCUCCUGUAUGUGGUAUAGUGGUGACUGGGACUGUUUACCGUGCCAAGCUCCUGUAUGUGGUAUAGUGGUGACUGGGACUGUUUACCGUGCCAAGCUCCUGUAUGUGGUAUAGUGAUGACUGGGACUGUUUACCGUGCCAAGCUCCUGUAUGUGGUAUAGUGGUGACCGGGACUGUUUACCGUGCCAAGCUCCUGUAUGUGGUAUAGUGAUGACUGGGACUAUUUACUGUGCCAAGCUCCUGUAUGUGGUAUAGUGGUGACUGGGACUGUUUACCGUGCCAAGCCCCUGUAUGUGGUAUAGUGGUGACUGGGACUGUUUACUGUGCCAAGCUCCUGUAUGUGGUAUAGUGAUGACCAAUAUUAGCCUCUAGAUUUGGGACUGUUUACCGUGCCAAGCCCCUGUAUGUGGUAUAGUGGUGACUGGGACUGUUUACCGUGCCAAGCUCCUGUAUGUGGUAUAGUGGUGACCGGGACUGUUUACCGUGCCAAGCUCCUGUAUGUGGUGUAGUGGUGACUGGGACUGUUUACCGUGCCAAGCUCCUGUAUGUGGUAUAGUGGUGACCGGGACUGUUUACCGUGCCAAGCUCCUGUAUGUGGUAUAGUGGUGACCGGGACUGUUUACCGUGCCAAGCUCCUGUAUGUGGUGUAGUGGUGACUGGGACUGUUUACCGUGCCAAGCUCCUGUAUGUGGUAUAGUGGUGACCGGGACUGUUUACCGUGCCAAGCUCCUGUAUGUGGUGUAGUGGUGACUGGGACUGUUUACCGUGCCAAGCUCCUGUAUGUGGUGUAGUGGUGACUGUGCUUAAAAUUUUGACAAAAAUAAUUAAUUAUUCAUGAACAGAUGAUACUGUGAUUCUUUACAUGAAGAUUGAUUAGGAAAUAUAUGAGUAUUGUGGUAUGGCUGCCUUUGGUAAGCUUCACAGUCACUGACUGUGCAGGUUGUAUAGGAUACUAUUAUAUAAGACACUACACAGAACUUUGUUCAGCAGGAUGACUAGAAACAUCUGUUUAUUUAGACUUUAAUCUAUAUAUGUUUUUGUUUUAGAGAUUGAUUACUUCAUGUUGAAAAAAAAUCUAACAAUUUUUAUUGGAAUUUAGAUGGUAAAGGUUGUUAUACUUCAAAGCUGUUGUUGUUUAUACAGAAAUACUCAUUUAGAAGAGAAAGCUGAUUAGCUCCCUUGGGUCAUUACAUCCUUCUUGGCAUUUUUUUAUUUCAACUAUUGUUAUGGACAAGGUGAUAAAUGUAAGUUUUAUGUCACAAAAAAUCAUUUAUUUCACAUUUCAAAAUCAUCUUGUGCACCCUUAUGACUAGAAUUCCUUGGUUAUAAUUAAGUGAGAAUCCUGUGUUAUUUGUUAGAGAUGAUACCAUGACAAUCGUGUGAUGUUGUCAUCAUUGUUGUAGGACAUAUUGUGUUAGUGUUUUUUCAUUGUUUCUUGCCUUAUUGGAACAACUUAUUGCUUAAAUAAAAUGUAUAUAUAGGUAUUAAUAGUAUGAAGACAAUACAAGCAAAGUAAGGAAGGACUCACAAAGAAUUGGUCCUGCCCUCGGGUAUUUUACAGUGUUGUCAAGUGGUAGCUUAAUCCAAAUUAUUCUAAUGUUCUAUCAACUUUUUUAUAUCGAUCUGAAGUUCAUCAACUCCAGACCAAUGUCAAAAAGUCAACCUUUGACCUUCUUACCUUAGUUUAUGCUGACCAAUAUCUAGUCAAGUAUAGAACUUCAGGUUGUAAUACUAUGGUGUAAAUAUGAAGUAAAUCUUGGUUCUUUGGAAAUCUUAUAUAAAUAAGAUACACAAAGUCAUUACUCCAUAUACAUCUCUAAUAUUAAAUGUAAUAGUAAGGGGAGAUAACAAAUACUAGUUAAAAAAGUAUGAAUGUUUGUUUGUUUAAAUGAAAUCACAAUCAUAUUUUAUUGGCGGUGAUACAAGUACAAAAGUAAAUUUUGUAGACCUGGGAUUGUAGUCGUAGUAUGGUAUUAAAUUAUGUCAACUUUGGAUAUUUUCAUUGUUUCAAAUUAUGGUACGGUGAUUAGAAUAGAAAUCAUGUUUUCAAAUUGCUGAUAUCCAAUAUUUAUUUUGUAAACUUUUAUGUACAGCUUGACCAAUAGAUGCCUUUGUGUAAUCAAGAGUGCGUGUCUAACAAUUUAUCCAUUAGAAUGUCAUUUAUGAUCAAAUGUGUAUGGAUCAUUUUGUUAUUUAACUCUCCCUAGCUAAAUGAAAAGUGUAUUGGAUGUAAUGAAAUGACAAUAGUAAGCUGUAAGUGUAUUAAACGACUAAGACUGCUCACUCGUGAACUACACUAAGAUCAAUCAUGUGUUAUUACAUCAACCACUCUGCUCAAAUCCAUUAUUACUCAGUAUGUAUCACAGUUUAUGGAAGCCAGUAUUUUAAAUUUAUCUGUUAUCUAUGAUAAUUGCAUUUUAAAUGGAGAAAGACUCCUGCAAAUGUAUUUCAUUUGAUGACAUCAUUUUAACACCAUUCAAAUGAUACCCCACUAUCUGUUUUAGUGAAAGAAUAUCUACAGAAUAUCACAAGCGAUAUAUCUAUAAAAAUGAAUAGGGGCAUUACAACAACAAAAGUGAUGAUGUAUGGUCUGUUAGAUUUGUGUUAUAUUACAUUUUAUGACUUUUGAGGUGUGUGAAAUUGUUAACAACACAAAAUUAAAUGUUUGUGAUCGUUAAGAGAAUUUCAAGAAAUAUGCAUUUAUGUGAAGCGACAUGUUAGUAACAUGUAAACAAUAUGAAAGAAGAACAAUAUUACAUGGUUUCAUUAUGAUACAAAGGAACAGUUUGUUUUGUGAAUGUAUUUAGGUUACAGAUUAUUUAUAUCUAUUUGUGAUAUAUAGAAAUCCCUUAUGCAAUUCUUGGAGGGAAAUGCAUGUUUUGUUUGUCAACAUGUUCUGUUUUUGACAGUGAUAAAUUAUUUAACAUGGCUUUGUGAUCAAAUUGUUAUUUUCUGUCUACACUCAGUCAUUAAAGAUUUCAAUAUACAUAUUUAUUAUUUAUUAUACUUAA